GGUGAACUCUCGUUAGUCCGCCGUGCGUGGGGUGCCGCCGUGAGCGCCACGGCGACACCAAUCUUGUUUCGCCACCGCCAUGACGAAAGCCGAGGAAACGACCGUGCUUAUCAACAAGCCCACCAAGCCCGAGAUCCUUCAACACACGGAGCCCUACUUGAAGCGCUUGUGCUCCGUGAUCACUGAGGUGCUCCCCGUGGCCCUCGUGUCGUUCGGUGGUCCCCAAGCCCACCUUGGUCUUGCUCACGAACGUUUUGUCGAACGCUUGCAAUGGCUCGACGACGAACGCUACCUUGAAGUUCUUGCGUUGGGGUCGGCGUUGCCUGGUCCGACUUCGACUCAAGUCGUGUCGUCGGUUGGGCUCUUCCGAGCUGGUCUCCUCGGUGGCAUCUUGGCAUUUCUCGUGUGGGCGCUCCCUGCGUUUUCCGUCAUGACGGUGGCUGGUCUCGGUGCUCAGCACUACCUUGGCGCUGGGCUGCCCUCAUGGAUGGCUGGCUUGGCACCUGCUGCCACGUCCCUCGUGAUCAUCGCCGCCGUCAAGCUGUGGAACAAGGCAUGCGGCAACGACCAAGUGAAGAUGGCGAUUGCCGCCAUCUCUGCCUGUGUUGUGUUGGCCACCCAAAACUUGGGCACGUGGAUCUUCCCCGCCCUCAUGGUGGCCGGUGGAGUGACCACGUUGUUGGCACCCGUGUUUGGCUACACCAAGAGCUUCGUCAAGUCGUCCCGCGACGGCGUUGUGAACCCACUCGCUCCACGUGACUUUGGUAUUCCUCCAUGGGCCGGUGCCUUGAUCAUCCUUGUGUGGGCUACAGCGUUCGCCACGUUAUCGUACUUCGAUUCGAUCAACCAGCUUGGCCGCAGCUACAUGGGUCUCUUCUACGCGUUCUUUCGCAUCGGGUCGAUCAUUUUCGGCGGAGGCCAAGUCAUGCUGCCCAUGCUUCUUAACGACAUCGUCAACGCGGGGUGGGUGACCAAAGACCAGUUCUUCAUUGGGUUCGCCCUGAUCCAGUCGCUUCCCGGCCCUCUUUUCAACAUGUCUGCGUACUUGGGUGCGGUUGCGUUGGGUGUGCCUGGCGCGUUCCUGGCGGCAUUUGGCCUCUUUGGCCCUGGCAUUGGUCUCUUCUUCGCGGUUUUGCCACUCUGGGAACUGGCGCGCACAAACCACCACCUCCAAGUGUUCAUGGCGGGUGUCAACUCGGCCGCCAUCGGUCUCGUUGUCGCUGCAAUUGGCCUGUUGUGGCAACAUGCUAUCCAUAGCCACGGCGAAGCUGCCGUGUGCUUGGCGACCGGAGCCUUGGUUGGCCUCUUCAACGUGCCUGCCCCCGUUGGCAUCUUGACAGGUGGCCUCUUGGGCUAUGGUCUCUUUGCACUCAACAUUGCGCAAUCGAACUAUUGCGCGACAAACUAGUCGUAAACGAACGGCAACAUCGACGACAUUGUUCGUUCGAAUUCACGCGUGGACAAAAUUGACUUCUCGAUAUGUGAUGCAUGUUGCACAGCGAAUGGCGACAUGAACCAACACUUAAUUGAUGGAGUAGAGAGGGGGCACCAUGGCCACGAUCUGCGAAAAACGUCGACGAUCCCCGUAAAGACCAGGACUGCGAUC